AUGUCCGAGUUCAGCGCCUCGGGGCCGCCGUCCUCCGCCGCCCCGGGAGGAGGGGGAGGGGGCGGAGCUCCUCCUUCCGCUUCCGCUUCCGCUUCCGCUCCACCGGCGGCGGGGGGGGGCGGGGGAGGCCCCGGUACCGGAGGAGGAGGAGGGGGAGGGGGACCGGGAGGAGGAGGGGGAGGGGGAGGCUCCGGUCCCCCCCCCCCCCCCGCCGGUAUCCGGAAGGACGCGUUCGCCGACGCCGUUCAACGGGCCCGGCAGAUAGCGGCCAAAAUCGGGGGGGACGCGGCCACGACAGUGAACAACAACACCCCUGACUUCAGCUUUGGGGGGCAGAAACGGCAGCUGGAGGAUGGCGACCAGCCUGAGAGCAAGAAGCUGGCGGCACAGGGGGACUCGCUCCCAGCCCCAUUGGGACCCAUCCACCCCCCACCCAGGUCCACGGUGACAGAGGAAUAUCGUGUCCCUGAUGGCAUGGUGGGACUCAUCAUUGGCCGUGGGGGGGAGCAGAUCAAUAAGAUCCAGCAGGAUUCAGGCUGCAAAGUACAGAUCUCCCCAGACAGUGGUGGGUUACCGGAGCGCAGUGUGUCCUUGACGGGCUCCCCCGAGGCUGUGCAGAAGGCCAAGCUGAUGCUGGAUGACAUCGUGUCCCGGGGCCGGGGGGGGCCCCCAGGCCAGUUCCAUGACAAUGCCAAUGGGCAGAAUGGGACAGUGCAGGAGAUCAUGAUUCCUGCUGGCAAAGCAGGACUGGUCAUCGGCAAAGGGGGGGAGACCAUCAAACAGCUGCAGGAGCGAGCUGGGGUGAAGAUGAUCCUGAUCCAAGACGGUUCCCAAAACACCAACGUGGACAAACCCCUGCGGAUCAUUGGGGACCCCUAUAAAGUGCAGCAAGCCUGUGAGAUGGUUAUGGACAUCCUCCGUGAGCGUGACCAGGGCGGCUUCGGUGACCGCAAUGAAUACGGGUCCCGCAUCGGCGGCGGCAUCGAUGUGCCGGUGCCGCGGCACUCGGUCGGUGUCGUCAUUGGCCGCAGUGGGGAGAUGAUCAAGAAGAUCCAGAACGAUGCUGGGGUGCGGAUACAGUUCAAGCAAGACGACGGGACAGGCCCCGAGAAGAUCGCUCACAUCAUGGGCCCCCCCGAGCGCUGUGAACACGCCGCCCGCAUCAUCAAUGACCUCCUGCAGAGCCUGCGGAGCGGCCCCCCGGGGGGGCCGGGGCUGCCCCCGGGGGGGCGGGGGCGCGGGAGGGGCCAGGGCACUUGGGGCCCCCCCGGGGGCGAGAUGACCUUCUCCAUCCCCACGCACAAGUGUGGGUUGGUCAUCGGGAGAGGUGGGGAGAACGUCAAAGCCAUCAACCAGCAGACUGGGGCCUUCGUGGAGAUCUCCAGGCAGUUGCCCCCCAAUGGGGACCCCAACUUUAAGCUCUUCAUCAUCCGCGGCUCCCCCCAGCAGAUUGACCACGCCAAGCAGCUCAUCGAGGAGAAGAUCGAGGGGCCGCUCUGCCCUGUGGGGCCAGGACCAGGCCCGGGGGGGCCACCGGGUCCCGCUGGCCCCAUGGGGCCCUUCAACCCCGGACCCUUCAACCAGGGCCCCCCCGGAGCCCCCCCACACCCCGGCGGCCCCCCCCCCCACCAGUACCCCCCCCAGGGCUGGGGCAACACCUACCCCCAAUGGCAGCCACCGGCCCCCCACGACCCCAGUAAAGCAGCCGCUGACCCCAAUGCUGCCUGGGCUGCCUAUUACUCGCACUACUACCAACAGCCCCCGGGGCCGGUCCCGGGGCAGCCCCCGGCCCCCACCGCCCCCCCCGUGCAGGGGGAGCCCCCCCAGCCCCCCCCCACCGGCCAGUCCGACUACACCAAGGCAUGGGAGGAGUACUACAAGAAAAUAGGCCAGCAGCCCCAGCAGCCUGGGGCCCCCCCACAGCAGGAUUACACGAAAGCAUGGGAGGAAUAUUACAAGAAACAAGCAGCGCAAGUGGCCACGGGAGGGGGUCCCGGUGCCCCCCCCGGCCCCCAGCCCGACUACAGCGCGGCCUGGGCUGAGUACUACCGGCAGCAGGCAGCUUACUAUGGGCAGACCCCGGGGGCGGCCGGGCCCGCGCCCCCCCCCACGCAGCAGGGACAGCAGGCUCAGUGAACCGAAUGUGAAGCCCCCGUCUGUGACCCCCCCUUUUGUUUUCGAGGAGUGGUCGGGGCGAGCGGCCCCCCCCAAACCCCCCCCCCAAACCCAC